UUUCCUCCAUUAUUUCUUAUUAUUUUUACUUUUUCUGGUAUAUUUCUUUCUCCACUCCCUUUCUUGCGUUUGCAGGUCUCAACUCUCUCCAGCUACAUUUAUUAAUAUUAAAGCAGUCAUCUUUGAGCUGGGUUUUUUAAUUGGUAAGCUUCCCAUAUCUUGUUUUCUUGAUUUCUUUGAUCCUUUUCAUGGAUUUCAGCUGUUUAAAUAAAGUUUAGAGAGAGGGAGGGAAAGGAGGGAGGGAAGGAAAGACUACACGGUUGACAAAUAAGCUUGUAUCUUUCUGGGUUGUAGUUGAUGAGAAGAGUGAAGAGAAGAAGUUGAAAAGGGCUCACAACCUGUCAAUUUAGUAAUAUUAAAGUCCAAUUUCCAAAAAUGGAAGUGUGGAUCCAUUGUUGAUGACCAGAUCUGACUACUCAUUUCAUUUUCCACCACCCUUUUUAGCUCAUCCAUACGUUCACAUAUCCUGAAUUUUGCACCGUCUUUUCACCUUUAAUCGGGUGCCCUCAGGCAUGGAAAAUGGCCCGUUAGAACCCACCGUUCACAUUCCGAAAUCAUUCUCAAUAGGGGGAGAAAGUCUUCGAUUAAUUGAGAAAUGACAGGUUGUGUGAUGUUGGAGGGAUUGGAGGGUAACUUUUUGUACUGCCCAGAUAAGGAUUUUCAUGGAGGAUAUGUCUCCGGUGGUCGCGUUGCCAUUUAGAGUAGGUAACUCAGUCUGUGAUAACCCAACCAUAGCUGCCCACAUCGAUAUCACAAGCCUUAAGCUAAUGAAAAACACGGCGGGGUUUUUAUCUGGUUCUGUCACCAUGGGUUCCAGUGAGACAGUUGCAGCUGGUGAAGAGGAUUGUAAUUGUAGUUGCUCAGGUAAUGAUAAUUUUGGAGCAGUUUCUGCGCCGAAAGAGGACAAGGGAGGGGGAGCUCCUUUGUUUGAUAUGAUAUCUCAAGACGAACGCAAUUGGGUUUCGUCUGCUGAUUUGGUAGGCCGUGAGAGUGAGGACGAUGAUUCUUUAUCAUUGGAAGGCGAUCAGGUUCUUGAUAGCUUUUGUUCAGUCUCAGUGGCGAGUGAGUCAAGUAGCUUGUGUUUAGAGGACUUCCUCGUCUAUGAGAUUGGUCCUGAUGCAGGCACACUGAGUUCUGUAGACACGGAGCAGAGCAUUUGCUGUGUUGAUGUUGUCGAUAAGGCUACAGAUUUAGGUGAUUCAAAUUUUGAGACAGAGAUCACAAGUGACCCCCUUGCUGUGACGGGGAACCCUGAGGAAGAAAUUGGCGAUGGGUCUGAUCCAAAGCCAUCUGCAGUUGUUGAUGAAUUACCUGUGGAAACGGGGGCCAAAGAAACAGUCAGCCGCAGUGUUUUUGAGGUAGACUAUGUGCCGCUUUGGGGGUUUACAUCCGUGAUUGGAAGAAGACCAGAGAUGGAAGAUGCACUUGCCGCUAUACCACAAUUUUUGAAGAUUCCAAUUCAAAUGCUGAUUGGUGACCGCAUACUUGAUGGCUUGAGCAAGUGUUUACACCAAACUGUGCAUUUCUUUGGAGUCUAUGAUGGUCAUGGAGGCUCUCAGGUUGCAAACUAUUGUCGUGAUCGCGUUCAUUUGGCUUUGGUUGAAGAGAUAGAAUCUGUUAAGGAAGGCCUAGUUAGUGUAAGUAUCAAAGACAAUUGCCAAGCGCAAUGGACAAAUGCAUUUACGAAUUGUUUUCUUAAGGUUGAUACUGAGGUUGGAGGGAAGGCUGGUGUUGAGCCCAUUGCCCCAGAAACUGUUGGUUCCACUGCUGUUGUUGCCCUUAUUUGCUCGUCUCAUAUCAUAGUAGCAAACUGUGGAGAUUCGAGAGCAGUUCUGUGUCGUGGUAAAGAACCCAUGGCAUUGUCGGUGGAUCAUAAACCAAAUCGGGAAGAUGAAUAUGCAAGGAUUGAAGCAGCUGGAGGCAAGGUCAUACAAUGGAAUGGCCAUCGUGUGUUUGGAGUUCUUGCUAUGUCAAGGUCUAUAGGCGAUAGAUAUUUAAAACCGUGGAUCAUUCCAGAACCAGAAGUGAUGUUUAUUCCCCGGACAAAAGACGACGAAUGCCUAAUUUUAGCCAGUGACGGUCUAUGGGACGUUAUGUCAAACGAAGAAGUGUGUGACCUUGCUCGGAGAAGAAUACUCCUCUGGCACAAGAAGAAUGGCGCAGAUGGACUUCCGCAGGAAAGAGGCGAAGGAAUUGAUCCCGCUGCCCAGGCAGCUGCGGAGUUUCUUUCAAACCGUGCCCUUCAAAAAGGAAGCAAGGACAACAUUACUGUGAUUGUGGUAGAUUUGAAAGCUCAAAGGAAGUUUAAAAGCAAAACAUGAUCGGUUCCUUCAUCCCCCAUUUGAUCUGUAGCUGUAUGAUAUAAGAACUUUCGUAUGAUCUGAUUUAUCGUGUUGCCCGUUUGUUUUUCGCCCGGGCUUCAUUGCUUAAUCCGAACCGCACGCAGUGUGUAUGUACCAUAGAACAUUUGCUGUACACUGCCGAGCUGUGGCUGUGUAAAUCUCAGCUGCUUUGUAGAAGGAAAAAAAUAGGAAUAUGGUGGCAGUGUGAUGCUUUUAAAUUGUAUUCAUUAUGCCUCCGAGUUAAAAGAAAAAGCUCAGUGGGGGUAUUUACUUAGUCUAUUAUUUCAAUCUUAGUGCUUAUAAAAUUACUAAAUUUGGAA